AUGUCAGACAAGUCUACUAGAUUAGUAACACUUGGAAAGUGCAUCAAGGAAAUAACUCUUGGCCUGUAUGAAAGCAUAUCAUAUGAAGAAUUUAAACAACUAGUCACUUUUUGUCCUAAUGUUGAAUUGAUCGAUGUUAGCACUUGGCUACGUCCAAAACGCAUACCAGAGUUCUUACUUGAUAUUUAUGAUGACAUCAAGUGGGGCCUUCGUCGCAUCGUUGUUGGUUCAACCUAUAGUCCCUCUGCUGAUGUGUACUUGAAGUAUAAAGAUUCUAUUGUUUCCAUAGAGGGCCCCUCAGGCAAAAAAGGCCCGCAAUUCUUGGUAUCAUUUCCAUCACUUCAAAGCCGUAUACUUCGAAGUUGGGGCAUCAAAUCUAUGCGGGAAUUCAUGUUCAUACUUGACAUGUGUCCCAAGUUAACUUGUUUGUGUAUACAAGCUAGUAUAAAAGACGCUUCCUGUCUGACAGCGUAUCCAGAUAUCUAUCCUUCCUUAAUCACCUUAGAAAUGGCAAUCACGCCCUCGAGUAUGACAAGAUCGAUAGUCGACUAUAUCUCAACUCGAUUUAUAAACCUUUCAUCGGUUACUCUUCAUACACAACAAACAAACUCUUCAUCGUUUGAAGAAAACUACAUUCACCUGAUGAAUGCUCUUAUGACGCCAUAUAAGCGUCGAUUUUUUUUUUUUACAUUAAUUCUAAAAGACUGUCGUAAAUCAGCCGAUGAGAACGCUCAAAUGAAGUACACUCGCAUGCUUUCCAAAUUUGCAAUUGAAGCAUUUAAGCUACAGCCAAGGUCAUUUAACUCAAUUGAAUUCGCUAAAGCAAGUUGGGAACCAGAUAUACGUAUUUGUGUGGAUACAGAAUUACACUGUAUGCUUUCCACUUGGACACCAUUUUCUUAUUUAAUCAAGCAAGAUGCUUUGUUUGGAGGAACCAUCUCUCAUCAUCUCCAUAAACUGAUGAUGAAGUGCUCGAGCCUUUCCAUGAAUAUGCCCACGGAUGAUCUUCCGCUUAUCGAAGCGUGCACCCAGAUUCGGGAGUUAGCUUUUGCUAAUAUUCUGUCACCGUCUUUUCAAAAUUAUCACUACAGCUAUCUCCAAAAGUUGUCACUUUCCAAUAAUUUCGUUGAUAUUAGCUUUUUUCCAACAUUGGGGCGUGUUUGCCCUAAACUAAAAGUGCUCAAGCUAACUUUUAUUCAUUUGCUAAGAUCCGUUGAUUACGAUAUAGUCAUUGACAUGCAAGACCUGAGGGCGCAAAGACUCAGCUUGACUAAAGCACCUAGAUAUAACUCAGGAAAAUCAUGUAAUUCUGGUUGUUUAAAUAAAUGA